UUUGGUUUUAGUCAGAUGACAACAAAAGGCGUAAACAAGGAGCCCUUCAGUCGCUCGGAGGAGACUAUCCCAAGUGAAUCCUUCAACCUGUCUCAACUCAGGGUAACGAUACUGCCUGUGUUGUAUUCUGUCAGACUGCGUGAGGUUCAGUUGAGGAGGAGGGAAGGAGCCAUGUCUACUACCACACAAGAAAACAGGCCCCUUCUAAUUGGACCGGAGCCAACUAAUGACCCAGAAAGUGCAAGAUCUCAUGACUCUCAGAGAAGCGAUCACCCAAAGGGAGAUGAGACAAGUGAGGAUGGAAACCGAGGUCUCACAGCAUCCUUCCAUCACAUUGAUGAUUCUCACCAACAGACCACAAAUUGUGAAACUCUGAUUCAUCUCAUCAAAGGAAACAUUGGUACAGGAAUCCUUGCCAUGCCAGAUGGCCUCAAAAACUCUGGGUUGUACACAGGAACUGUACUCCUUCCAAUCAUUGCUGUUAUCUGCAUUCACUGUAUGCACAUGUUGGUAAAUUGUGCUCAUGAACUGAAAGAGAGAUUGGGAGUGGCAGGAAUGGACUAUGCUGAAGUGGGUUACCAUGCAUUCUCUACUGGCCCAGCUCCCCUCAGACCGUUUGCCAACACAGCCCGCCGAGUGCUGAAUGCCUUCCUCACCCUGACACAGCUUGGCUUUUGCUGUGUUUAUGUGGUGUUCAUUGCAGCCAAUGUUAAACAGGUUGUGGAUUGUCAGUUUCCAGGGAAUGAUAUUGACAUUCAUGGAUACAUGGCCAUCUUGAUAUUACCAUUAUUAGGUAUUUCUAUGAUUAGAUCUUUAAAGGUGCUGGCACCAUUCUCCUUACUUAGUAAUGUUUUCCUGGGACUGGGACUGGCCAUCACUUUCCACUAUUUGUUGAUGGAUAUUCCCUCAUCAUAUGACAGAGCAGAAUUCAAGUCCUGGAAGCAGCUGCCUCUCUUCCUUGGAACAUCAAUAUAUGCCUUUGAGGGCAUUGGAGUGGUUCUUCCUCUUGAGAGAAAGAUGAUCAACCCACAUGAUUUUCGUGGUCUUAAUGGUGUUCUUAAUACUGGCAUGAUUCUUGUAACCUGUGGUUACAUUGCUGUUGGAUUCUUUGGCUACCUGAAGUAUGGUGAUGCAGUCCAUGGCUCCAUCACUUUGAAUCUGCCUCCAAGUGACAAUCUGGCACAACUGGUGAAGGUGUUGAUGGCUCUUGCUAUUUAUCUGACUUACUCACUGAUGUUGUAUGUGCCAGCUGAGAUCAUGUGGCCCCACCUUGCUCCAAGAUUUCACUCCGCAAAGGCAAAGUGCCUAGGGGAAUAUGCUUUCAGAGCUUUCUUGGUGCUGGUAACAUUUAUUCUUGCUGCUGCCAUCCCUAACAUUGGACUGUUCAUCUCCCUUGUGGGGGCUGUGUCAUCUUCCACCCUUGCCAUCAUCUUUCCUCCCAUCAUUGAACUUGUCACAUUUUGGCCCAGAUUAUCAAAAUGGACCAUUGCAAAAUGUGUUGGAGUAUUUUCUUUUGGAUUUAUCUGCUUUGUAUUUGGGUCAUAUGCAAGUAUUGAAGCAAUUAUUGAUUAUUUUAAGCAUUCUGAUGAACCUCAACCAAGAUUUGUGUGUUGAGAUAUAUCAUGAAUAGUAUUUUGUUACUGUUUUGGACACGAUGUAUGCAGGAGUAUUAGGUGCUAGGUUUUAUAUUGAUUAAUCAAGUUGAAUGGUUUUUGCUCACCUCAUUGUAGAUAUUACUUCUUGUCAAAUAAUUUUAACACCAAGGAAAAGAUUUAUAGAAAGUAAAUGUAACAUGACAGCUUUGUAGAUACCUAUUUUUAUACACUAGCUACUUUCAGUAUCAAUAUUUCUUCAUUGAUAUUCCAUGAGUAAUAAUAUAUAUAUAGUAGUUUGUAUAUCAUGAGGUAUUGUACCUGCAGUGUUGAUCAUAACUUUUAUUAGUUUUUACAAAUGUGCUAAUAUGAGAGAAAUUCAAAAUCAUGUCAUUAUUUUUCAGUAUUGUAUUUUAAUGUUCAUAGUUUUUUAAAUUAUUAGGAUUUCUAUACUUGUCAGGUAUGUACUGUAUAUUAGGCAUUUGUCAUGACAGAGUUUGUGGUGUAUGAUUUCAUACCAUAAGGAAGACUUCAGAACAGAUGGAUCUGUUGAGGAAAACAUUCAUAUAUAUAUAUAUAUAUAUAUAUAUAUAUAUAUAUAUAUAUAUAUAUAUAUAUAUAUAUAUAUAUAUAUAUAUAUAUGUGUGUGUGUGUGUGUGUGUGUGUGUGUGUGUGUGUGUGUGUGUAUGUGUGUGUGUGUUGAAAAGUAUAGAUUAUGGUGUUAGAGGUUGUGGUAAUCCUGUCAGAGGAAGGAAAGGUCAUGUCUCACAUUGUUCUCUAAGAACAUUUAUGUUCACUUUAGGUCAAAGGCCUAUCAUCUCAUUAUAUUAUUAAUAUAUAGAUCCUCUUUCCAGAAUUGUUAUAAGUUUAAACAAAAUAUUAAUCAAGAUAAAGAUUUUAAUGGAUUUUUUAUGUUUUUAAUGUUUUUAUUGUCUUAAAGAAGAAUUAGAUUACAGAUCCACAAUCUUUUAUCUCAAAUUCUGAAAGCUGAAAACCUCUGAAAACAAGAAUUUAUUAGUAGUGUAUGUUGUCAGCAUAUAAAAUACCACAUUUGGGUCUAAACACAGAAUGCAAUAAUCAGAAGUCAGUUUUUAAAAUCUUAAUAAAGAUGAAUAAAAAAUGCCAGUACAUUUGAAACGACAUAGCAGAAAGCUUCAUGCCAGUGUUUUACUGUACUGCUGUCAUUCUUUUUCUUUUUUUUUUACUAGUAAAAUCUGAAAACUAUGAAAUGUGAAAAAAGUGUCUGGUCCUAAGGAUCUGGUACAAAAGGUUUUGGAUUAGUAAAUGUUUGACAUUGGUUACAUUAUCCACAUUUUGUCUUCAUAGUUGUAGUAUUGGUUACUAAGCACCGUCAUUGCAACCUAAAUCAAGGGCUAAUGAACGUCAUGGAAAAAAGGUAAAUACAUGAAGAUUUUUCUUAUUCAGCUGGUACACUUGUGUUCAUUGUACAGUUAUCAAGACAAGUAUAAAGGCAUUUACACAUAUAGAAAAAAAGCAACAUAGGAUGAUAUUUUUGUAUGAAAAUCUUAUUUAUGACUGUUGAGCAUGCAAGUAUUUUAUAGCAGGAGAUAGAUGCACAACAUAUCUUGUGUUGAAUUUUUACCUAUAACCAAUAGAAGAUAGUAAUUUUGUUGGACCAUUCCAGCCAGAAAAGCUUGGCAAAGCAAUUUUGGAUACUUGUAGUUUCAUUCUCAAAAUCUUAACAUCUCAUGGUUGUGUAUUCAAAUUCCAUAGUAAAUUUUUUCUAUUAAUAAUGGAAAUAAUUAUCUUGAUGCUCAUCAUCACUAGCAAAACAGAAGGAAGUCACUAGGUAUGGGAGUCCCACCUGUCCUGUCCUCUCCCCCAAAAAAUCCAGUAAAAACUGGAUGAGUGCAUGUAAUUGUACUCAAUAAUUCAGUGUGGAUGGAUGUAUGGUUUAUGUUACUGUACAGUGUAUUUUGAUACAUGUAAUAAAUUACAGUACCAUUUUAAUGUGAGAUGAGCUCCAAGAGGUGGCUUUAAAUAAAUUUUUCUCUAAAUCAGUGUUGUUUCAGUGGAAUAGUCAAGUUUGGUGCAUGAGAAAAAAAACAAAUAAAUGAGCUGCUACAUACCAUAUGCAUUUUUUAUUGAAUGUGAUAAUGUAAGGCAUAUCUUGCAAAACCUGAUAAAUUUGAAGCUAUGCAUCCAGUGUUAGUUUUUCCAUUAUGCACAAGUAGCAGUUCUAGUAGCUGAUGCUUAUUUUUGAGUAAUGGAAAAGUUUUCCUAUAUUUGCAUGGAAGGAUAAAACAUUUUGUCUUUAGGUAUUUGUCUGACGGUGAAGCAUUCUCUUGAUACUUGGCUGCCAGUGCUACUCAAACCAGUCCUUUAAGGCAAGAAAGGAUGGUCCAGGUCUUCAAUCUUCAGUAAGUACAAAGGUUGUAGGAGUGAAUUAAGAAGGAAUUUGGCAUGUGCUGAUGUGGAGCUGCUCUGGAUACAGACCUUGGUGAUUGAAGAAGAUAAAUGAGAUUUUGCUUGAAGGAAAAAAUGAAAAAGUCUCCAUGUGAACAUCAAGUGGACACUGGCAAGUCACUUCCCACUACUGGGGCCAAGUAACUACAUGAUCAGUGUAUGAAAUAGUGAAUACUUAAAUGACUGUGUUGCCCAGAUACCCUGUAUGCCAUUAGGACUAUGAAAUGGGUAUUUGUGUCAGUAUGGGCUGGAAGUGACUUUCAAACUUGUUGAUAUUUACUGACACUACCUCCAUUACUAAGCUUCCUACUAAAAAGUGUGUACAUCUUUGUCGUUGUGUGUGUGUGUGUGUGUGUGUGUGUACUCAACCAGAUGUUCAUUAAAUCUGAGGUAAUAACUCUUCCCUUUCUAAUAUAUAAUGCUUUACUGUUUAGUUCUGUUAUUGUUAGGGCUCAUGAAGAGAAAAUGUUAAUAAUUACUAUAUAAUUAUUUUAUAUACUUUUCAUAUAUGAUACAUGCAAACACAUGUUUUGUACUUAUUUGCCUCUCAGUCAUGUGAGCAUUUAAUUUCUUGCAAAUGUUUAUGAAGUAGCAUUAUUGAACAGGUAAUAUGCAAGUAGUGUUCAAAGAACACCAGCCAGCCUACUUGCAUCAUGUUCAGGGUGUGAGAGUGUUCCUCAUUAUUUAUUAGGAACAUUUCCUCUUGUAGUAACAGACUUUUUUGUAGCAACCGGAGUGUGUGUUCAUGUAUACAAUAAUUUAUUUGUAUCAGUACUGGAACAAAGUUUUCCUAUCAAUAUCAUACAUAUAAUUUUAACUUGACCUUGAUGUGUGUUUUGAGCCAUCAGUCAUUGAUAUCUUGAAUAAAUAAAAAAAAGUCAUAUU